UCGGUAUUAGUAGGACCUGCACGUACGCGCGCGAGCGGGGGGGUUUGAGAGUUUGACCGCGAGCUAGCUCGAGGACGGUCGGGCGGUAUGGCGGGAGAUCGAGAGCAGAAGGUGACGCCAUGGGAGGCACGUGCGGCAGAGGGAGCAGCGAAAAUUGACUUUGAUAAACUAAUCCGUCAGUUUGGAAGCUUGAGGAUAGACCAGCAGCUCUUAUCAAGAAUAGAGACCUUGACAGGGAAGCCACCGCACCACUUCCUGCGGAGGGGCAUUUUCUUCUCCCACAGGGAUGUGCACACCAUUUUGGACAGCUAUGAAAAGAAAAAGCCAUUCUUCCUGUAUACUGGUCGAGGGCCAUCAUCAGAGGCCAUGCACCUGGGCCACCUCGUUCCUUUCCUUUUCACCAAGUAAGGCAUACCAGAGCAGGUAUUUUGUCUAGUUUUCUCUUGCUAGGUACCUGCAGGAUGUAUUUGAUGUGCCACUGGUGAUUCAAAUGACGGAUGAUGAGAAGUUUCUGUGGAAGGACUUGCAACUAGAAGAAGCUCACCGCUUGGCUCAUGAGAAUGCCAAAGAUAUUAUUGCCUGUGGCUUUGACCCCAAGAAAACUUUCAUAUUUUCUGACCUUGACUACAUGAGCUCCUGCCCCAACUUCUACCGCAAUGUGCUUCGCAUUCAGAAGUGUGUGACUGUGAAUCAGGCAAAGGGCAUAUUUGGGUUUGUGGACACUGACUGCAUUGGGAAGAUUGGGUUCCCAGCAGUGCAGGCUGCACCUGCAUUCAGUACUUCAUUUCCCUCAAUCUUUGCUGAGAGCAAGGAAAUUGGAUGUCUCAUUCCAUGUGCUAUAGACCAGGAUCCAUAUUUUCGCAUGACGCGAGACGUGGCACCUCGACUGGGCUUUCCAAAGCCUGCACUUCUCCAUUCGGUCUUCUUCCCCGCCCUCCAAGGCUCUCAGUCCAAGAUGAGUUCCAGCGAUCCUUCCUCUUCCAUUUUCCUCACAGACACACCGAAGCAGAUUAAGCAGAAGGUUCUGAAGUAUGCCUUCAGUGGUGGCCGAGACACCAUGGAAGAACAUCGUCGGUAUGGAGGGAACCCUGAUGUUGAUGUGUCCUAUCAGUACCUCACUUUCUUCUUGGAAGAUGACAACCGUCUAGCUCAGAUUGAACAGGACUACCGGAGUGGCAAAAUGUUGACAGGAGAACUGAAAAAAGAGCUGGUCUCUGUAUUGCAAGACUUGAUAGGCCAACACAGGGAGCGACGCAAGGCUAUCACAGAUGACAUUUUGAGAGAAUUCAUGACCCCAUACCAUCAUGACUUUUACCAUUAGUGAAAGAUCAUUAGUAAAAGUGUGUUGUUGAAUGAUCAAAGAAGUGCAAAGAUGUUUCGAAGUGGUGGUCCUAUGGAGCACCCUCGGAGCUUCCACUCCAAAGCCUCAAAAUCCACGCUUUCAAUCACUUCCUUUCCUCCCACUGCAGCCGGCAGGAUGUUCAGGGAAAAUGCACGGCCAGCAAGGCAGCAGAGAGCUGCAAAGAGCUGCAGAUCUGCCCUGGCCUCUGGAGGGUACUGCACGAGCUCCAGCAGGUCCUCUGCCUGGCUUGCAGAGAGACAGCCAUUCAGAGCCUGAUUCAGUGCUCCCUUCAGCUCCUGUUGCAAGGAUGUGUUUCUUUCAGAGCAUGAAUAGGAAUUAAGAGAACCUCCUUGGAAAGAUGUGCAUCCCUGUCCUUGUCAUGUUUAGUGAACACUCUAGAGCACAGCAGCAUGUGCUGAUUACUGCAAGAGAUCGCAACUGUUCAAACCUGUUCUAUAAUAAUUAUAAUAAUAACCUUAUAAUGCAGUGUGAUUUCAAAUAUUGAAGUGGUGACAUUCCUGCAGCAAGCAUAGAAUAAACCACAGCAUGGGGUAGGGACACAUACGUUCAAGUAGUUGAAUGUCCAUAGGCAGCUCAAACCUGGUGCCCCGGGAGU